AUAUUCUUGAUAGUUGACUCAGAAUCUAUGGAUCUAAAUCUGUGAUCUGUCUACUUCCUCGUCCUAGAUCUAAAGCUUUCAGUCUACACAUAAAAGUUUCCUCUGUGAAAAUGAGUGACUUACUAAACCCUGCUUUUGUGGAACAUCACAUCUCCCAGUUUCAUGGACCAAUGAUUCCACCAGUUUGGGGAUUGGAUACUUAUGGAGUUUAUUAUCAGCUUGACCUAAAGAUGUGUCAGCUGAGAUCACUUGACUACUCUUUUAACUGGGGGGAUGAAAGGAAGCCUGUGCCGCGAGUUUCUUCAGUGCUUGAAAUGCCUUCUAAAAUAAUAAAGUUGGAUGUUUCACUGAACGAACUUACCUCUAUUUCUCAUGAAGGCUUAUUUCCCUUCAAAAAUCUUAGAGCCUUGGACGCAUCUUUGAAUCAGAUCAGACAGUUUCAAGGUGUUGAGGUCUUACACCACCUCUACCAUUUGAACCUGUCUCACAACAACAUAAAGAGAGUUGAAGGUUUGUUAAAUUCCUACUCACUCGGUGAGCUCAAUCUCAGCAACAAUGUGAUAUCUGACAUAUCAGGGAUUCCUAGUCUGAUAAACCUGAGAAUUUUAAACUUGAACAAAAAUAAGCUCCUCAGCCUUGUGGGUGUUUCAUCUUUCCCAAAACUGGAGGAAAUAUAUUUGGAUGACAAUCAAGUGAAAGAUUUAACUCCCCUUACAAGUUGCCUGCAUAUAAGUGUGGUCAGUGCAGCUAACAACAACAUUCAGACAUUGGACAGUGUGCUGAGGCUACUCAAGAGUCACAUGACCAUUCAGUCCCUAAAUUUAGCUGGUAACCCAGUGGAGAAAGAGCACACCUAUCAGUCUGACAUCCUGAGGUCAGCAAACAUAACAAUGUUGGACAACGUGGCAGUCAGACCCAUGCCAACUGUUUUGGAAGACCACACUCAACAUGUGAACAAUUUAUAUACGUUACGUGAUGCAGCUAAGCAAGCAUUUGAAGACAGACUUAGGGUUGCAAAAGAAAGGAUGGACUCAAAUAUUAGUUUUCUCCAGAAAAGAAUAGUAGAUAUACAAAAAGAGUACAAAGAUUUUGAAAAGAAAACAAGAGCUGAUUUAGAUGCUUGCUUGAGGUACCUAGAUUCACUGGGUGAAGUAGAGUUGGCCAGUAUAGGUCAUGACCCUAUAGGAGCAUCGUUUCACCCUUCAGACAGAAGAUUUCUACAUCCUUGGCAGGAAAACUUCAGUGGGAACCAUAAAACUGGGUCAAGGAAACCUAAGAAUGACUACAGCAAUGUCAAGGCCACAGAUGAGGUACUUAGAAAUGCCUUCAAGGAACUGGUAAAACAAAAUGAACAGCACUGACCCUAGUCAUGUUUUAAUAUUAUGAUCAACAAUGUUUUCUGUAUUAUAGAAAUAAUUUUUUAUAGAAUUUAUAGAAAGUUUUUAAAUUUACAAAAUAAUGUAUUGUUUUUAAAAAACCUACAAA